GCCCCCGUUGACAAGCGCGCGGCGGCGGCUUCCUCGGGGCGUGCGGAGUCGGUGGCGCUAUGGCGACCGCGCGCGGCGGCGGCGGCUUCUUCGGGGCGCUGCUGCCGGUGCUGCUGCCGGUGCUGCUGCCGCCGGGACCGCCCCGCGCCGCCGCCGAGCAGGUUGUCCUUCUGGAUUCAAAGGAAUCACAAGCGGAGCUGGGCUGGACCUCACACCCGUCAAACGGGUGGGAAGAAAUCAGCGGUGUGGAUGAGCACUACAAGCCGAUACGCACGUACCAGGUCUGCAAUGUCAUGGAGCCAAACCAGAACAACUGGCUGCAGACGGGCUGGAUUGCCAGGCGCGAUGGCCAGAGGAUCUUCAUCGAGCUGAAGUUCACCCUGAGGGACUGCAACAGCAUCCCCGGUGUGAUGGGCACCUGCAAGGAGACUUUCAACCUGUACUACGUCGAGUCGGACUCCGACCUGGGCCGUAGCGUCCACGAGAGCAAGCACACCAAGAUCGACACCAUCGCUGCUGAUGAGAGCUUCACGCAGGGGGACCUGGGUGAGCGCAAGAUGAAGCUGAACACCGAGCUGAGGGAGAUCGGGCACCUGAGCAAGAGAGGCUUCCACCUGGGCUUCCAGGACGUGGGCGCCUGCGUGGCGCUGGUCUCCGUGCGGGUCUAUUACAAGAAGUGCCUCGCCACCGUGCAGAACCUGGCCAUGUUUCCGGACACGGUGGCGGAGACGGCCUUUGCGACUUUGGUGGAGGUUAAGGGCACUUGUGUCGCCCAUGCCGAAGUGGAUGUGGAUAACCCCCCCCGGAUGCACUGCAGCGCGGAGGGCGAGUGGCUGGUCCCUAUUGGGAAAUGCGCGUGUGCGCCUGGCUUUGAGGAGAAGGACGGGGGUUGCAGAGCCUGUCUUCCUGGAUUUUACAAGCUUUCGCUCCGUCUCCCUCUCUGCUCCCCUUGCCCUGAGCACAGCUUCACGCAUGAGGAGGCCUCCACAUUCUGUUUGUGCCAGAAGAACUACUCCAGGUCCCCGUCAGACCCGCCAUCUGCCUCCUGCACACGCCCGCCCUCGGCGCCGAGGAACCUGGUGUACAGCCUGCGGCAGUCCUCGCUGGUGCUGCACUGGAGCGCCCCGGCCGACGCGGGCGGCCGCAGUGACCUGACCUACAGCCUGUGGUGCGGCCGCUGCCCCGCGGCGCUGCAGGGCGGCUGCGAGCGCUGCGGCAGCGCCGUGGGCUUCGUGCCGCAGCAGACGGGGCUGGUGGAGCCAACAGUCACCCUGGUGAACCUGCUGCCUCACGUCAACUACACCAUCCGCGUGGCGGCCGUCAACGGCGUCUCGGGCCUCGGCCCGCUGUCGGGGCAGCCGUACGCUGAGGUCAAUGUCUCCACUGGCCUCACAGCCCCGACUCCUGUCACCAACAUCCGCACCGAUAAAGUGGAGCAGAAGAGCGUCUCCUUGUCGUGGCAGGAGCCGGGGUCCCCCAACGGCACCGAGUACGAGGUCAAGUACUAUGAGAAGGAUCAGAGAGAUCAAAGUUACUCAACUGUGAAAACCACAUCAACGGCCGUGACGGUCAAUAACUUGAAGCCUGGCACCCUCUAUAUUUUCCAAAUCAGGACAUCUUCCUCUCUGGACUAUGGGAACUCCAGCCCCAGUGUUGAAGUGAAGACGCUGGCAGAGCUGACGGUGGCCUCCAGCGAGCAGAACCCUGUCCUCACCAUCACAGUGGUGGCCAUUGCGGGGCUGACGGUGCUGGUGUCCAUGGUCAUCGGCGUCAUGGUCUGGAGGAGACAGUGUGGGUACAGCAAAGCCAGCCAGGACGGCGAUGAGGAGCUGUACUUCCACUUUAAAAUACCAACCAGGAGGACGUACAUCGACCCUGACACUUGCGAAGACCCCGUGCAGGCUGUGCAUCUCUUUGCUAAAGAGCUGGAUAAUGCCAGUGUUAAAAUCGAGAGGAUCAUCGGGACAGGGGAGUUCGGAGAGAUCUGCCGGGGCUGCCUGAAGCUGCCCAGCAAGCGGGAGCUGCCGGUGGCCAUCCAGACCCUGCGCGCCGGCUGCUCCCCGGCGCAGCAGCGCUGCUUCCUGGCUGAGGCCUCCACCAUGGGCCAGUUUGACCACACCAACGUCCUGCGCUUGGAGGGCGUCAUCACCAGAGGGAGCACCAUGAUGAUCGUGAUGGAGUACAUGGGGAACGGCGUGCUGGACUCCUUCCUCAGGAAACACGAGGGACAGUUCACGGCCGCCCAGCUCCUGUGCAUGCUGCAGGGCAUUGCCUCUGGCAUGAAGUACCUGGCAGAGAUGGGGUACAUACAUAAAAGCCUCGCUGCCCACAAAGUCCUUGUGAACAGCAGCCUGGCUUGCAAAAUAACGGGUUUCAGGCAGCCACAAGAAGAUAAGAUGGAGACCAUCUUCUCCACCAUGCGGGGGAAGAGUCUGGUGCUGUGGUCGGCCCCCGAAGCCAUCCGGUAUCACCACUUCAGCCCGGCCAGCGACGUCUGGAGCUUUGGCAUCGUCAUGUGGGAAGUCAUGUCCUACGGAGAGAGGCCCUACUGGGACAUGUCCAACCAGGAUGUGCUGAAGGCCGUGGAGGACGGGUUCCGCCUGCCCGCCCCCGCAAACUGCCAGCCGCCCCUGCACCAGCUGAUGCUCGACUGCUGGCAGAAGGACCGCAGCCAGAGACCCAAGUUCUCGCACAUCCACAACAUCCUGACCAAGAUGCUGCAGAGCCUGGAGUCCCCGCAGUGCCCCAGCUCCACCUGCCCCAGGUCCCGCGGCACGGCCAUCCCCCUCACCCAGCGCACCUUCUCGGCUUUCCCGUCUUUCAGCUCUGUGGGUGAGUGGCUGGAGGCGAUAGAAAUGGGCAGGUACAAAGACAACUUCACCGCUGCGGGCUACUGCUACCUGGAAUCGGUGGCCAGGAUGACAGCCCAAGAUGUCAUCAGCCUGGGGAUCACGCUGCCGGAGCACCAGAAGACCAUCCUGAGCGGGAUCCAGACCCUCCGGGCGCAGGUGAUCCGGAUGCACGGCCGAGGCGUGCAGGUGUGAGCAGAGCGCGGGCCCGGCGCCCCCGGGGAGGACACAGCCCCACAGCGCACCAGAUCCCUGAAACCUCGCGGUUUCGGGUGCGAUGUAGGAAUCACUGGGCUGCUGCCAAACAAGUCGUUCCACAUGGCAAGAGAGCAGGGCUGCCCGACCCUAUGCCGGGAAGCCGAGGAUUCCCGGGUGGCCGUGGCUCUCCCUUGCACUGUUUUGUAGGAUGAGUUAAACUGUAAUGAUGCCAUUUUGUAUGGUAAUUAGGUUAACAGGGUGGAUGGACAUUUGUGCACUGUCUUAAUCCAGAGCUGACAGCGUUUUUGUAUCCAGCAUCUGUCUGGUGAAAUCCAUAGGUGUUUUUUAUACAAGCUGACAUGUUCUAGCAACCCCACAAGGAGCUUUUAUUGCUUUUAUUUUUAGAGACUGGAGCGCAGCUCACACCCAGCACUCAGCUCCUGGAAGGUGACUUUCCCCAUCUGCUGUGCUGAAAGGAAACUUUCCCAGCUGUGUCCCUUCCGCUCCGAGAGUUCCUUCACUGAGUCUUGACACCGCACUCGGUGAACAAAUUCAAAUAUUCUCCUCUAAAGUGCGGAGCAAAUGGUGCUGAACAUUUCCAAGGGAAAGGCCGCUGGGCUGCCCUGCUCUGCCGUGCCAGGGCGGCACUUUUGCCCCGCAGGUUAAGGGCUGGCAGAGGUCUGUGCUUGAGGGAUGCGGUGCCAGCGCACCCCCCGGCACCCGCAGAUGGGAGCACCCGGGUCUGGGCGCCCGAGGCGGCUGCACCGAAGGGACCACACGGCCCCGGCAGACGCUGCGUUGGGCAGAACGGGCUGUUGGUCUCCCCAAAAUCAGCGGUGCAGGCCAGGUACAGCAGCACGUUGUUUGGUAGCAGGCGGCAGCGCGGUACUGCCCGUCGUGCCGUGGCAGCUCCCGCCACUGCAGGCCUGAUCCCUGAUGGAAGACAUAAAUAGCAUCUGCUUAAUGAUACGAGUUUCCUUGAAGUUAGUUAAUUAAAUGGGUCUUUGGAGCCUUGUGCGGAGUUUUGUAGGCCUUUUAUUAUCAUCUGUAAGUAUCGCGAGUGAAUUAUUAAUAAUGAAAGGCAAAGAUUUACACAGGGAAUGGAUGCGGCGGGAGAUGCUCACAGUGCGGCUGGAGAUCUGCUGGAGUCAGAUCCUCCCGUCAGCUGCUCUGUGGGGACCAGGCUCGGAGUGACGGUGGCACGAGGAGCCCCAGGGCGGCUGUCACCAGCCCGGCACCGCCGCUUCUGGCCAAGCAGAGCGGUCCAGCCGCGGUGCUGGUGGCUGCGCUGGCCCAGCUGGUCCCAAUGCCACUUGCUUAGUUUUUUAAUGGAAAUAAUUUAUCUUUAAGUUUGGCCCCUGCCUGGUCUGGUUGGUCACGCGCCAUCCUGCUGUUUCACACCCAGAAUAAUAAUAACGGUGAACUGAAACCUUCAUUUGGUAGAAAAGCCAGAUCCCAAGGAUCAAGUGCACUUUGGAUGCUCUUUAUGUUUACAUUUUAUCUAUAAAGUACAUUAUGGUUCUCUAGGCAGGGAGUUGAACCAACUCGAUUCUGGAUCCUCUCCCCAUCUUCCUGCUCCUGGGCCAUUUGCUUGUGUUAUCGUGUCCCGCAACACUCCCAGCGGGAAGCAGACCUGGAAUCAAGUUGGUUCAUCUCCACAUGCUUUUUGAUAUUCAUUAACUAUGUGUUAUAUACUGUAAAUACUUAACUGAGAAGUCAAUAUAUAUUUUUCUAAGAUUGAAUCAAAUGUAAUAUAUUAUCAUAAGGGACACUGUGUGCAUUUCAUGUUUGAGCCAUAGUCAGACAUCUCCAGGGAAUCACAGUUGGUUUGGAAUAGUUAAUAAUAAUAAAUGGUAACAAAGAUUUAUUGUCAUUUUUGUUAAUUUUGUAUUUAUUGAACUAUGUUUGAAGGCUGCAAUAAUGAGAUAUCUAAAUACCUAAGUAAAACCAAGCACUAAUUCUG